AUGGGUGUGUCCGUGAAGAAGUCUGCAAAUGGGACUAGCAGGGUGUCUCAGAAAGCUACAGAAAGUACGAGGAUGACUCAUUUGGAGCCUCAAGUUCAACUGCAGAUUCCCCCUGUAAAGGUCAAGCUGCAGCUAUUCCCGAUAAAUGAAGAAACCCGCAUGGGAUUGGAGAAGGAUGGUCACAACCCGUUUCUGGAACUCACUCUAAGUGCUCGGAAGAGGAUAUCAUCAGUGCUCAGACACCUGAAUACUAAAUGGGGCAAUUCAAGUGUAGCCAAAGGACAGCUGAUGGUUUUUCCUUACGGUACAAAAUUGGAACAAGUAGCUUCAUGCAAAAGAUGGACUUCAAAUGAUUCUUCCACUACUGCUGGGGAGGUAUAUGCUGAUGUGGGAAGUCCUUCCAUUUUCCGUCUAAGGUAUGGCUGGUGCUCCAAUUUUCUGCACCCCAUGUUUCGCACGCCUCCUAAAACUUGUCUUCCUGAGGGUCAUAGAGUGGAAAAACAUGACGAAUAUAGAGAAGAUUUUGAAAAUCGGACCAAUGGGAAUGAUGCUUUGCAUACAGCUGUGACUGAGCAGAAAACUUUAGAUGUGCCUGCUGACUUUGUGGUACACCCAUCCAUCCCUUGGGAUGAUAAUUUGACCAACUUGAGUAUCGGAGGCCUCCUAUCCGAAAUAUCAAUGCAGGCUAAACUUAAUAAUUCGGAUCCCAAUUCGGUAACCAAGCCUGUGAUGCAGCCAGUAGGACUAAUAUCCGACAUCAGCAUAGGUGAUCUCCUUUCUGAAGCAUCUCUGUUGGGUAAGAUGUGCAAUCCUGGCACGAGACCAGAGAACGAGUCAUCCUUGCAGCCCAUAUUCCUGGCAGCCAGCGAUUUAAGCAUUGGGGGCUUAUUGUCCGAAGCUUCUCUACUUUCAAACAAGAAUAACUUGGAUGCACAGAAAAUUGAGGCACGCCAUGCACAAAUCGAGUCUCCGUGGUUUGAUGAGUUAACUGCCUUGAGCAUUGGAGGCCUGUUGUCCGAGGCGUCCUUGCAGGCCAAGGCAGGAGGUGGUGGCACUAUGUUAAAGGAUGCUAAAUCUAGCUUACUGCCAAAUACACUUUUAUCUGGCUCGUCUGAUUCUCUUAUUUUCUCCCAAUUAAAUGGGAAUUCGAAAUGGACAAAACCUUCAUCUUCUCCUGUGCCAAAUCAUCUGUCUAUCUUGGAUGCUGAAGAGACAUGCCAUGCUUUUCCCGUUCCGAAGCUUCAAAAAGGCAUAGAGAAAGACACUUCUAUUUCAAGAGUUGGCUCUAGUGGGUGUAGCAAGGAGACAAGCUCGAAUCAGAACAAUGAGACUGCUUUUCCCAAAAAUUUUUCUUCUCAAGUACUCAAGACGAGCCCUUCGCCUCAUUCUCCGGGUGCCUUUAAUGAGGACAGCAGCCUGCUACCAAUCAUUCAUCAAUCCUAG